GAAGAGAGAGAGAAGAGAGAGAAAGGAGUGUCAGAGGUUAGGGGCAAGUGGGAUCUGGAUCCGCUCAAAGAAGCACACACCAUAACAGAAGGACACUGCCACCACACGCACACGUUGUUCUAAAGGGAGCUUCAUAGUGAGUGGGAGAGUGUGAGAGAAGAACAAAAUAUGGGGUUGAUGGUUGAGCUGAGUUGAGAGAGAAAGAAGGGUAAAAUGAGAAUGAUAAGUUCAGUUUUCAACAUAACAUAGUGUUGUUGCCCAGAACCCCAUAAAAACACAUAAGGAGAACUUGGGCAAUUCGUGUUUCUUCUGCUGCUUCUAUCUGCUGCAACCGUGUUAUAAAUAAGGCGGUGGUUUGGCUUUUCUAGUAACUUUGACUACUACCAUUGUGUUUGAGGUUGAGUCACUGACCAAACCAAAACCAAAGACAGAAACUUUAUCUUUCUUUCGUUCAUGGGAAUAUGAGAAAGAAACUCACUGUGCCACUACUCAUCCCAAGUUGGUAGGUAGGGCUUGUGUGGUUGAGAAAGAAACUUUUCUUGUACCAGGAGUGAGGAGUGAGAAAGAUGACAACUAGAGAAUAGAGAGAGAGAGAGAAACUGCACACACAUAACUUGAAGAAACAAAUUUGAAUUUUAGGGAUAGACUAGUUUGUUGUGGAGCUGAAGUUCCAAUCUCUUUGUUCAAUCAUGGAUGGUUACGAAGCUACAAGAAUUGUGUUUGCUAGGAUCCAAAACUUGGACCCUGAAAAUGCAUCCAAAAUCAUGGGUGUACUUCUUCUUCAGGACCAUGGUGAGAAGGAAAUGAUUAGAUUAGCAUUUGGCCCAGAAGCACUGGUUCACUCUGUGAUUCUCAAAGCACGCAAGGAGUUAGGUUUACCUUCGAACUCUCCGCCAACGCCCUCUACUCCUCCUUCUCCUUCGCCCUUCCUUUCGAGGCAAAGCUCCACUUCUUCCAGGCUUGGUGGUAUCAACCUACCUCCUGCUCUCACCAUUCCAAACCCUUCUUCCACCACUUCUUCGUGGCCUACUAUGUCUGAGCUUCAAACCCCAGAUGGUUUGAUGAGCCCCAACCAUUUGGUUGUUGGCUCUUCUACUUCUUCAUCUUCCUUACCCUUUUAUGUCAACGGAGGCUCAGAUCCAAUUGAUGACUUUCAACUUCAGGAUCAGCUUUCUUUCCUCAAUGAUGGUUCUCCCACCAGUGCUGCUCUUGCUCACAAGAGCAACCCAGAUUUGUUUUACCCAACUCACUCGGACAUGUCCUCAAGUCCUACUGGUGUUGCUGACCCUGCUCUCUUUCCUUCCUACGGUUGGGGAGGGUCCCUUCAUCGAAGGAGUUGCUCGGUCAAUGAUGCUUGUUUGGGUUCUGAGGACCCGAACUCCGGGUUGGGGUGGAAGCCUUGUCUUUACUUUGCUAGAGGGUACUGUAAAAAUGGGACAAGUUGCAGGUUCCUUCAUGGUGGACUUGGAGAUGCAGAUGGUGCUGCUGCAAUGGUAGGGUCUCCAAGCAAGAUUGAGAUGAUGGAGCAGUGCCAUGAGCUCUUCAGAUCCAAAUCUUCUCAGCAGCACAGAUUGGCUGCUGCUUCUCAGCUCAUGGGCUCUCCAACUUUUCCAUACUCGCCUAAGUGCAUGAAUUUGCUGUUGCAGCAGCAACAGAACGAUACUCAAAGAGCGGCAGCUGCAGCUCUGAUGAUGAGUGAGGAUUUGCAUAAAUUUGGACGAUCCAGGCUUGAAAGAAAUGAUUUUUCUCUGAACAGUCCUGGAAUGGUAAACCCAGCUUCCAGGCAGAUCUACUUGACAUUUCCAGCAGACAGCACUUUCAGAGAGGAAGAUGUUUCAAAUUACUUCAGCAUUUAUGGCCCAGUCCAAGACGUGAGGAUCCCAUACCAGCAGAAGCGAAUGUUUGGUUUUGUGACCUUUGUUUAUCCUGAGACUGUGAAGCUCAUUCUAUCUAAAGGAAAUCCUCAUUUUGUGUGUGAUGCUCGAGUGCUUGUUAAGCCUUACAAGGAGAAAGGCAAAGUCCCGGACAAGUACAGGAAGCAGCAGCAGGUUGACAGAGGAGAUUUUUCACCAUGUGGCACUCCUACUGGACUAGAGGCCAGAGACCAAUUUGAUCUUCAACUUGGAGGCAGAAUGUUCUACAAUACUCAAGACAUGCUGUGGAGGAGGAAGCUGGAGGAGCAAGCUGAUUUGCAGCAGGCUCUUGAGUUACAAAGUAGGAGGCUAAUGGGUCUGCAACUUCUUGACAUCAAGAAGCAUCACCAGCGUGCACUCUCCACUGGAAGUCCAAUUCCUUCCCCAACCCACUCUCCUAACAUGUUCAACCAAAAUCUUGUUCUUCCUUCCUUUCACACUAGUUCAGAGGCCCAAAAUGAGAGUGGUUCAUCUUCUGCUCCAGCUAGUAGUACUACAUCAGUUUCAGCCGGUCAGCAGCCGGUCAACAUAUCUGUUGGUAAGGAAAUGGUGGUCAACGGGGAGAAUGGAUAUGAUGAAGGCAAUGGGAAGCAGAGCCCUAGUCAUGAAGAUCGUGAAUUGCAAGAAUGUUUGGAGCACAAUCUCCCUGAUAGCCCUUUUGCUUCCCCAACAAAAGCUGCUGGUGACUUCAUGGUUUCCUUCUCCAAUGGACCUAAUGAGGCCAUUGAUGCAGAUGCCUCAAGUGCAUCUGCCAACUCUAAAUUUGGUACUAGCGCAUUACUUCCACCAGCUUCUGCUCUUGACAUGGGAACUUUCAAAUCCUAUAACUGCCAAAUACCAAGGUUCUCUUCUAGUCAUGGAACUAUUGGGAUGUUAGCAGGCACCGGUGGACCAAUUGGCAUUUAGUUUCCUGAUGUUCAGGAAGUUAAAGAAGACUGAACAAACCUGGAAAAAUUUGUAGAGAAUCAGCACCACCAUUACCACCAUGGCGGCCAUCAUCUUCAAUCAUCAAUACUAUACUACUUACUACCAUACAAAAUGCAUACGUAAAAAGUAGUUCAGUAAAGGAAGUGGGGCAGGCAUUCCCUUUCUUUUGUUGUCAUUAUUGUUGUACUACCAUUUUCUUUCUUCUGAUGUCUGUAGUAGCCGAAUGAACCACAGGUUAAAAUAACACAAAGAAUCACCAGAGUGAGUGUGUAGUAGGAACUCCGUGGCACUGUAAUUUCUUCUUAUUACCUACCCUUGGUUGUAGUAGUGUAGAUUUCUAGUCCUAUGUUGUUAUUACAGGUAUAAUUCCAAGUGUUUGUACAGCUGGAGCAUUACCCAGAGAAAGCAAAGCAUGAUGCAUAGAUGAAAGUGUGGAAAACCGUAAAUGCAGAAGAGUUGUUUAACUACAAGGCUGAUUGAAAUGGAAAUGAGAAUGGAAAUGGAAAUGAAAAAUGAAACCCCCCAUGAUGGGUAAUUGAAGGGCAGAGUGUAUAAUUGUUAGUCUUAGCUGGGUUAAAGUUCAAAGUUGGAGACUUUAGCUUUGGAUGUUAUGUUUCAGUUUAUGUUUGUAGCUGUUCUACUUAGUUGUUAUACACAGUUAUGAUGAAGCCAGACAGAAAAGAGAAAGAAUUAGAAAGAAGAAUCAAAAGUGAGUUUUUAGACUAA